AUAAUCCACCCGCUGGCAUCCACACGGUCACAUGAUCAGCCCUUCACACUGUGGACUGAGUUUAAAGUCCUCGCAGGACACAUCUGCUCAGCGGAAGCCCCGGAGGUGACAGCUGCCCGCUGUUCUGAGCUGUCAUCUGAAAAGGAUUCCAAAAUGGCGGCCAGCAAGAAGCUUCUGAAUUCGGUGACUGGCUGCGUGGACGAUGCUCUGCGGGGACUGACGUCAUGUUGUCCCGGUCUGCGCCUUCUCCAAGGCCACCGAGUGGUCCUCCGAGCAGAUCUGGAAAGAAUCGAGGGGCGCGUAGCCCUGUUGUCUGGAGGUGGUUCAGGACACGAGCCGGCGCACGCAGGCUAUGUUGGACACGGGAUGCUCACGGGAGCCAUUGCCGGCCCCGUCUUCACCUCUCCUCCAGUUGGCAGUAUCGUGGCUGCAAUCCAAGCUGUGGCCCGUGCAGGGGCAGCCGGUGUCCUGCUGAUCGUGAAGAAUUACACAGGUGACCGUCUCAAUUUCGGGCUGGCUCUGGAGCGAGCGCGUAGAGAAGGGGUGGACGUGGAGAUGGUUGUGAUUGCAGAUGACUGCGCAUUCACCUCACCCAGGAAAGCCGGACGGCGUGGGAUCUGUGGGACGGUGCUGAUCCACAAGAUUGCAGGAGCAUUGGCUGAAGAGGGCAAAAGUUUGCCAGAAAUCCUCCGCACCGUGACGCUGGCCGCAUCUAGGAUGGGAACGUUGGGUGUCAGUCUUUCUCCAUGCAGUGUCCCGGGUUCUGGGCCAACUUUCCAACUUGCUGCAGACGAGCUGGAACUGGGGCUUGGUAUACACGGAGAGGCCGGCGUACGCAGGGAUAAGAUGAUGUCAUCUGAUGAAGUUGUGAAAAUUAUGAUAGAUCACAUGACAGACCCAGCCAGCCAAUCAAGAGUGGAUGUGAAUUCAGGUGACUCUGUGAUUCUGGUUGUGAAUAAUCUUGGGGGUUUAUCCUGUCUGGAGCUUCAGAUUGUUGCCGAUUCAGCAGUACGUCUCUUGGAGGAGAGGGGAGUGAUGAUUGAGCGCGCAGUGCUGGGGUCCUUUAUGACAGCGCUGGAGAUGAGUGGAGUCUCUCUGACCAUAAUGAAGUCUUCUCAAGAAAUCCUGAAGCUUUAUGACCAUGAAACUGCAGCUCCUGCUUGGCCCAGGGUCCCAUGCAUUCGGGUCACUGGCCAGACUCGCUGCCAUCCAUGUCCUCCAGAAAGUCCGCUACCUGAAGACCCUGAGCCAGAUGCCGAACGAGUGCAGGUCUACGUCCGUGUGCUGGGACACGUGUGUCGAGCUCUCCUUUCGCUGGAGGAAGAAUUAAAUGAUUUGGAUCGUGCAGCGGGAGACGGCGAUUGUGGAAGCACGCAUGCCCGAGCGGCACAUGCCAUCGAGGACUGGCUGAGUGGAGGGCAUCUUCCCUCGCAUCCCUCACGGCUCCUCACGGCUCUGUCUCAAGUCCUCCUGGAGAAGAUGGGAGGCACUUCUGGCGCGCUAUACAGCCUUUUCUUGACUGCGGCGGCACGGCCUUUGCAGGAUGACUCCAGCCCCCCAGCUUGGGCAGCUGCGAUGGAUGCUGGUAUAGGAGCCAUGAAGCGGUAUGGAGGAGCAGAGCCUGGCGAUAGGACCAUGCUGGAUUCUCUGUGUGCCGCGGGUCAUGCUCUCCAGCCCCUGCGCGGUCCAAACUGUGAUGUAAUGCGAAUCCUUUCUUCAGCCGUACAGAGCGCCGCUGCGGCUGCAGAGGACACCCGGCACAUGACGGCAGGAGCUGGGAGAGCCAGCUACAUCGGCUCAUCCUCACUUAGUCGUCCGGACCCCGGCGCCGUGGCAGCUGCAGCUAUUCUGAAAGCCGUGUGGGAAGGACUGGGAGGGAAGUGAGGAUUCGGUAUGUUUGUAAGCCCAGAAUUAGUGUUUAGGAAGCACCAAGUCUGCAGGUUCUUUGGAUCGUCUCAUUUGGACACAGAUUGACCAUGCCAGGUCGACCUCUUUGACAGAUCCGUGAUAGUGGCAGGACUGGCUAUAUUUCUUAAUUCCUGUAUUUCUGAAGAUUCCCCCUAAUUGUGCGGUCUCAGUUGAAUAAACACUUGAUUUGA